CCCAGCUUGACCUUUCUUGGAAUUCAAAACAAUCUAAAAUUGAGAGAGCAGGCAGGCUACUUUCUCCAGGGUUUUUGUGGUCUGGCUGAGAUCAAUCCACUGAAUUUGGGCGCCAGAGCGGCAGGAUUCCAGAGCAAACCUCCAGGCAAAAGGCCGCAGUCACCAAGCAGGGCACCAGCCCUGGGCGCUGCAGGCGGGCCCCAGCGCCCUGAGUGCGUCCAAGGGUGGAGAGGGAGGCGGUGGCCUCCCCAGGAAGUGGCGAGAGAGGCCAGUGCACCGGGCGGCCAGGUGAGUCCUUACCUCAAGAUGUUAGCAUGAAGAGUUGUUUUCAGGCCUGCCCUGUGCCCCUCCAGGUUUCAACAGGUGCAGAGAUGAAGAUGUGGUCUGGGAAGAGAGAGACUUGCCACAGUAGUCGAUGGAGCCUGUGGAAGCACAUGGAAAGGACAGCUGAGCUGGGACCUCUCAGCCGUCUGCAUGGGACGCCUCACACUUGCUAGAAGCCGCCCCUGGAGAGGUCAGCUGCUGUUCUGCGAGUGUGGCACUAGGGGUUUUGUUCAGCGCGUAUAAUUUUCUGCUACUACUGCCUGUUUAUUUCUGUUCUUUCUUUGAGCCCGGCCUUGCCCUGAGCCCACGGGCACGAUGGCCCAGUCCAAGGCCAACGGCUCACACUAUGCACUGACGGCCAUCGGCCUGGGGAUGCUGGUCCUCGGGAUCAUCAUGGCCAUGUGGAACCUGGUACCCGGGUUCAGCGCCGCUGAAAAGCCAACGGCUCAGGGGAACAACAAGACGGAGACAGGCAGCGGCAUUCUCAAGAGCAAGACCUUCUCUGUGGCCUACGUGCUGGUUGGGGCUGGGGCAAUGCUGCUUUUGCUGUCCAUCUGCCUGAGCAUCCGGGACAAGAGGAAGCAGCGGCGGGGCGAGGAGAUGGCAAACAUCCAGGGUCAGCAUGGGGCCGAGCCUCAUGCCCAGGAGGAAGACAGCCAGGAGGAGGAGGCCUCAUCAAGGUACUAUGUCCCCAGUUACGAGGAAGUGAUGAACACAAACUACUCGGAAGCCCAGGACCUGGACCAGAACCCAAGGAUGAGCAUCUCUCUGCCCUCCUAUGAGUCCUUGACAGGGCCCGAGCAGAUGAGCCCCACGACCACCAGGGCCGCGGCGGAGGCCAGCCCUGGGGGCCCGCCUGACAGGCAGAACUCCAAGCUGGCCAGACGCCUAAAGCCGCUGAAAGUUCGGAGGAUUAAAUCCGAAAAGCUCCACCUCAAAGACUUCAGGAUCAACCUCCCGGACAAAAAUGUGCUUCCUCCCUCCAUAGAACCUUUGACUCCCCCGCCCCAGUACGAUGAGGUCCCGGAGAAGGUCCCAGACGCCCGGCCACCUGACUGAAGCCCCCCUCAGGCAUGUUCCCUCCUGGCGCUCACCCUCCACACCAACAGACCCC